GCCCUCCUUCUUAACAGCUGAAAAACUAUUUACACAUGACUGCUCUGUGACUGCGCACACAUUGUUGGAUUAAGUCCAAAACUGCAUUGUCUUUCUCUUGCUCCAUCACGCUGCAGUCUGUCAUGUGAUGACACUGUGCUGGCUUGUUUGUGGAAGCCAAUGCUUUGGCUCAGUAGAAGAGAGCCCUGACCUGCUGCUUAUGAACGGACCGAGUAGCUUUGCAGGCCAGUGUGAUUUCUUCAGCCAUGCUGUUUCUUGAAAUCUCGAAUGAAACUAUUAUUUACGGUGGGGAACUUUAAAACAAAUAUCUUAAAUGGCAGAGGAUCUUUUAAUCCCACCAUCUGGCAAAAUAAUCCCGCAUCUUACAGGCUCACUGUUGGCUGUGGCUUUUCUUACUUCUUUUGGGAGUUCUAUGCUUUAUGGAUACAAUUUAGCUGUGGUCAACUCUCCAGCUGUGUAUAUAAAGGACUUCUACAACAAAACAGCAGUGAGCCGCAAUGGAACUGGACUCAGCGGGGAGACCCUGACGCUGAUGUAUUCACUCACUGUGUCUGUAUUCGCUAUUGGCGGGCUACUGGGUUCUUUAAUUGUGGGUGUGCUGGUAGCUCGCUUUGGCAGGAAGGGCACAGUGGUAAAAACAACAGUUCUGGUGUUUUUUGCUGGUUCACUCAUGGGCUUUAGCAGAAGUUGUGGUUCACCUGAGAUGGUCAUAUUGGGUCGUUUCAUCACAGGAAUUCACUCAGGAAUCUCUUUAAGUGUAGUUCCAAUGUACCUUGGUGAGAUAGCACCAAAGAACCUCAGGGGCUUUCUGGGUUUGGUGCCAAGCAUCUUUAUUGGCACAGGAGUCUUCGCUGCCCAAAUCCUUGGACUACAUGAACUGUUAGGAAAGGAGGAACACUGGCCUCUGUUUCUCUCUGUGGUGGUGGUACCUACAUUUAUCCAAUUGAUGCUGUUGCCGUGGUUCCCAGAAAGCCCCAGAUACCUGCUGAUUGAGAAGCACAAUGUCCAUGCCACAAUCACAGCUCUGAAGUGGUACAGGGCCAAUUGUAACAUCCAGGCUGAGAUUGAAGAGAUGCAGGAAGAGCAACGUUCGUUGUCAUCUGUGAAGACACUGUCAGUGUGGAAUCUCCUCCUUGAUGAUACAGUCCGCUGGCAGGUCCUCAGUGUGGUGGUCAUCAACAUCGGCAUGCAGCUCUCUGGCAUUGAUGCUAUCUGGUUCUACACCAAUGACAUAUUUGAGAACGCGGGAAUCCCUACGCCAGAGAUCCCAUACACGACAGCAGGCACAGGAGUAAUAGAGAUAAUUGCUGGACUCAUUGGGUGUUUCACCAUAGAGAAGCUGGGGAGGAGGCCUCUUUUGGUUGGGGGUUUUACCAUGAUGGGCAUCUGCAGUGCUGGGAUAACAUUUACCCUAAUUUUACAGACUCAUUUAUCUUUAAUGCAUUAUGUGAGUGUUUGCUGUGUUGUCGGCAUCAUCGCUGGAUUCUGUAUCGGCCCAGCUGGCAUUCCCUUCUUGGUUACAGCAGAGCUGUUUAAACAGUCACACCGCCCAGCCGCCUACAUUGUGGGAGGAUCUCUCAACUGGCUUUCCAACUUUACUGUAGGCUUUGUCUUCCCCUUCUUACAGAUGUCAGCUGGGUCUUACUGCUACUUGAUCUUCGCCAGCAUUUGUCUGUCAGUGGCCGUCUAUGUCUACACGGUCAUACCAGAGACCAAAAACAAGACAUUCAUGGAGAUAAGCCGGUUGUUCUCCAAGAAGGAGCCCGUUCCAGAGACCCAGUGCCUUCUACUGGUGGAUCAGCUGAAGCUGAAGAAGAUUAAUGGCUAUGGAGGCCUAGAACAUCAUUCACUUGAGUUCGAGAGUUCUUCCCCUGUACCUUAACAAAGGUUUAAAGUGCAAAAUAUAAAAAGAAAAAGAAAAUAUGUUGGCAGCAAACAUACUUAGCUUUUAAAACUGACUGUACUGUAUGCAUAGAAUUGAACCUAUGAAUUAUUUACUGAAAUAGACAUCAGGUUUUGUGACAUUGGAUGUGUGCAAUAAAAAUGCAGAAACCCAAAUUAAUCCCUUUAAUAAAUAUUGUAUAUGACACAUUGUAACAUAAACUAGUUAUGUGGGAUCCCA